AUGCCACCACCAAACGAACGUCAAAUCUUGACAUCUUACCUCCUCCACCCAUCUCCUUUACCGACAAUCCUCCCCUACGCCUCUUUUCAAUCCCUUUUUCCCUCUGCAACGAGCCGCACCACCCACAAGGACAUCAAACCGUUUUAUCGAAACCUUCAAUCCCAGCGCGAUGGCACGCUAGACGAUGUACGCCGCCGGAUACGUGAUGAAUGCCGACGCAGCACGUUCCUGACGACCCGUCUCGCGAGACAGAUCACCAGGGAAGAACAGUCAAACCCAACUAGCCGAAAACGUAAAUGGUCAGAAACGACGACGACGACGAGAGACCAAGAAUGUGACGACACCUCCAGUGUGGAUUCAGAUAUCGAAGAAGAAAAUCCACGACUUAACGACAAGGACAAUUCUGACUACACAGAUGUCGAGACUGACAAUCAAGUCGAAGUGGAUUUGGAUACCCGUCUACAUGGCCCCCACGGUUCGACGAUCCCUUCGACCACGGCCCGACAGCACCACGGCGCGACAUCUCUCCUCGACGCGAUGAAGACUGCAAGUUCCGACCUUCAAGACGAGAUAUCGUCUCUCGAGGCCCAAAUAGCCGCCGUACAGGCCCAGUGCCAGGAGAGUCUGGGUAACCUGAGUGAUUUACGAUACGGUCGGUUCUCGCAAACUCGCGUCAGUGCACAACAGAGUGGUGUGGAUGGACGCAACGACGACGGCACGUCAAUACAUUCGCAGCAGCAGCAGCAGCAACAGGGCAUUGAAAAGGAAGUGGUCGAUGCCCUCGCAGAGUUCAGGGCACGGUUGCAGACUGUGUAA